AUGAAGGCAAACACCACAGAAACAGACGCAGAGACGGGCCUCCCGCCUAGUCGGUAUCUCUGUUUAACUAUUCUAGGCUAUCGUAAGCCCGGAAUGAGCGAGGAGGCAUACCGUCGGCAUAUGAUUCAGAUCUCAGCACCUCUGACAAAGGAUCUCAUGGUCAAAUACGGAGUCAAACGAUGGACGGUGAUUCACAAUCCGACGCAAACUCGCCUCCUGAUGAACCAGAUCUAUGAUCGCCAGAUGUCAAAUAUCGCCGACUAUGAUUGUUUCAGUCAGGUGGUGUUUGAGAGCGUGGAACACUACAAGAUGAUGAAGGAAGAUCCGUAUUAUAAGGAGCAUCUGUUCGGGGAUCAUGAAAAUUUCGCGGACACUCAACGGAGCCAAAUGACAAUCGGGUGGAUUGAGGAAUGGAUUAAUGAUGGUGUCGUGCGCGAGGGUCUGGAAUUUCCAAGUGCUGUGCAGCAGGAAGUAUCGUCGGGAGUUGUGUCGACAUGUGGCUUGGCCGUCAUGACUGUGUUUCUAGGAGCGUAUAUUUUCUUUUCACGAUAG